AUGAGUAGUUAAUUUGAAGCUAAUGAUUAAAUGCUAUAAGAAGAUGAUUCCCAAUUCAUAGAAUAAAUUACUCAGAAACUGACGAAGAUCAGAAAUAAUCUCGGAAUAGACAUUUAUGACCAAGAAAAUCUGAAAACUCCAUAAUCCGAGUAAUCUGGUAGAAAUAAUGAGCACAACACAUUCGGCAGAGAAAAGAAAACAACAGAAUCCAAAAUUAAUAUGCAAGAUGUGCAAGAACUCAAUUUUAUCACCAGCUCUAAACAUAAGAAUAAUCAUAAUAUCAAUAAUAACAAUGACUAUUAGUAUUCGGGUCAAAGUGGCAAAGAAGAACAACCCUAUCAGAUAUCAUAAUCAGGUACCAAGGAUGAUAUAUUGCCAUAAUAGAUUAGUUUCUUAUAAAACAAAUUGGAGGCCCUUAAAUAAAUUUAUCCUACUCAAGGUUAAGAUUAAGCUAGCUUUCUGGAGAGAGAGAAUGUGUAUCUGAAGAUUGAAUUGGAAUUGAAAUCCAAGUAGGAGAGAUUCUUAAGACAAUAAUUAACAACAUUAACAGAAGAAUAUAAUUUGAAAUAACAACAACUACAACAAAGUAUCUAAGAUCUCAAGUAACAACACGAGGAAUUCGUUUACGCUACAGAUCUGACCUAAGAUAUCAAAUAAUACAUUCUAUCCUUAGAGUCUGAUUUGCAUUUGACAAAAGGUGAGUUGGACUUGUUCACCUAGAGAUUAGCCAAAGAAUAAUCUGAAAAAGAAAUGCUUCAGAAUUAACUCAAUAAUAUUCACACCAAGGCCAAAGAUGAAUUCCAGAAACUUUAUGAAAAAGCAUUCAAAGAGUUGUAAUUCAUGUGUCAAGCUCUGAGUUCAGAAUUGCUCACUGAAUAGAUUGAUAAGAAAGUCAGUAGAAUUUCUUAGCAAACAAAUCUAUCCAAGAUGUAUCAAGAUCUCAUUGACGAAAAGAUGAUUCUAGAAACCAAAAUUGACAACCUCGAAAAUCAAUUGGAAUCCUAUUAAAAUAAGCAAUUUAGUAUCAGCUAUGCCCCAUCCAUCAAGUCGGUCUAUGAGAAACGAUUGCAUGUCAUGAAAUAGGGUUUAUUGCACUGGAAAACUAGAACUCAGCAAAUCGAAUAGAUUGUACUUUAAUGGAUCCAAAAAUUGAAACAAGAAAAUCAAUAGUUAAAAACAUCACUAGUAAAGAAAUAGAAUAAAAUGUUUGUUGUGUUUGAAAAUCUAUUACGAGAAAUAUAUCAGCAAUUUGAAUAGGACAAGUAUAUUCAAAUGGAAGAGAUUAAGAAACUUUAAGAACAAAAGGUUGAUGAUCAAGUGAAGAUCACUAAACUUAGAUCAACAAUUUAAUAAUAAAGUAAAACUAAAAAAAGAUGA